AUGAAAUUAAAACAUCUCUUAAUUUUUUUAUCAAUAAUCAUAUUUAUAACGUUACCAAUAAAAUCAGAUGUUAUAUUCACAGAAAAAGAAACUACAGAAUUUCAAGUGGCAGACAUUUUGAAAUAUGGAGAUAAUACGAUAGUUUUGCAAAUAGUUCGCAAUUUAAGUGGUGGAAAUUGUUCUGAAACAAAAAUAUCAUUUCGCGUUAUUUAUCGCAAUGGUACUAUUAUACCAAUCGAUCUUCCAAUGGAAGAAUUGGGGAUACAAUAUUUCAAUUUUUGUACCGUUGAUGGAUUUAACCCUAUUUCUCUUAAAGCCAUAGAAACAAAAAAAGGCAAUUUUAUAGUAGUAACUUAUACUGUAGCUGCGGACGUAAAUAAUCCUUUCACGUAUAAUGAUUAUUUAAUGUUGAUUGGUUUAAAUGGAACGAUUUACAGUAAAACUUUAAUGGGGCCUUCUCUUAUUGACUCAAGUAAUAAUAAUACAUGGAGGCCUCAACAAUCUUUUAUCUAUCCAAAUGUUAAUAAUGAGCAAGGAUUUCUCUACUUUGCACCAUUAUCGAGUGGUCUUAAUGAUGUCAAUAGUAAUUAUAGCGUGACGCAAUGGACAAUAAAUGAAGACGGAAUUUUUAGCAAGAUUACAGAUAUGGUUUUAGUUUUUCAAGUACAACCUUCUGUAGUUUCAACAGUGGAUGGAGGUUACAUGUUUAUUUAUCCUAAUAUAACAACCUCCCAGGAUCCUUAUUCUUCACAGUCAGGGCUUUACGCAAUGUAUUGUGGAUAUGGAAGUAAUAUUACGCGAGAACCAGUUAUUCUUUAUGAAACUAUAAUGACAUUAGAUAUUAUUAACCUUAAUUGUGUUAUCUCUUACUCGGAGGUUGGACAAAUUUGUUUGAUAACCAUACAACCUAAUUCCACUGAUCCAAAUCCAAUCCCUGUAUAUAUUCAAGUUAAAUAUCUUUCAUUGGGAUCUGUAUUUGAUGUCAAACAUGUAUAUGCAACACUGCCCACAAUUAUAGGUAUUAAUCAACUUACCGAUCCUCAAUUUAUGAUUACGCCAUUACCAUUCGGAGGGUAUUUCUAUAGUGUUGUUCAAACAACCAAUAUAAGUAGUGAUAUUUGGGGCUUUGUUUUGGAUGAAAAUGGCAAAUUUAAUCCAUGGAACCUUUCAUAUCCUACACUGUCAGAUUCUAAUGCUUCCCGCCAAAUUUUAACAAACAACACUCUUGUAAUGCUUAAACCAAUAGUAGGACAAAAUUGGAGUAUAAUCACCACUGAUUUGUAUAAAAUUCAUGAAGGUAAGGUAAUGGCGAAAUUAUUAUUAUUAUUAUUAUUAUUUUUAACUCUUACAAAUACUCUAGAUUAUGGCUAUGGUAAUAUAUUCAUCAGUAAUACAACUCCGGCCAUUUAUGACUCUAUUCCCGCACGUGAAACUAAUCCCCUUAAAAUUACAUACACGAUUCCUAUUGUUUUAUCAAACGGCACAAUUACAAUUUUUCAAAGUAAUGGCAGUUCUAAUCCUGGGAUUGUACGUCAAACCAUUAACGGCUUAAAUCAAAAAUAUGUAACGUUUAAUAACAAUACCGUUAGUAUUGAUAUAAUUGAAAGUACAUUUAAUAUACCUGACACAACGUAUUAUGUUAUGAUUGAGAAUAAUUUUGUUUCGAGUCUAUUAUACAAUGAACCUCUCCCUGGCUUAUCUAGUAAUAUUAUUUGGUCUUUUACAACGUUACCAGAAGAAGAAAAAGAAAAAGAAAAAGGAGGAGGAAGUAAAAUUAAAAUGUUUUUUGAUGGCAUUUAUGGAAAAGUUAAAUUGACCGAAACCGGAACUGCUUACUUUGACACUCUCAAUCCCGAUCAAAUAAUUAAAUUCUUUGAUAAUUUAACAAAAGAAUUGACCGAUGCAGUCACUGCAGUCACAUCAACACGAAUAACCACCAAUUAUAGAUUUGUAAUCGAUACUUCUAACAUUGAAAGUUCUUCAAAACAAUAUCUUUUAUCCAUUAGGAUUGAUAAACCAAAAUCUGCAUCAGAGAGGGAGACUACAUUUAUCAUUGGAGAUUUAAAAGCUAUGAUUCAGAAUAUGAACAUCACUGUUCUUGCAUCUGGAAGUUCUUCGAAAUAUUUGGAACCACUCUAUGGAUAUGUAACUAUCCCCAGGUGGUAUGAGAAUCCCGUCAAUAUAUUCGAACUUAUUUUAACAGUUAUAUUCUUUUUUAUAUUGACCAUACUUUGCAUCAUUUCUAUAUAUUAUGAUGCAAAAAAAGUAAAUAGUGAUGCAAAUAGUAACGGUAGUGUUAGGAAAGCUUUUUUUCAAAUAAUGAAAUCGGAUAUAUGUAAAUUAAUUAAAUUAAUCCAAUCUGUAAAUUUAUGUAAGGGGAAGGAGGGUAAUGAGGGGAGGGAGGUUAAUGAGGAAAGUGAGGAUAAGAGCAACCACUUUAAAAUUUAUUUAUAUGGAUUUAAUGUUUUAUCAUUUGUGUUGGACAUUCUUUUUGCUAAGACUAAAAUAAUAAAAUUUUCUUUAAGUGUUUUUUUUGUGACAGUUCCAUAUGUUAUCAAGUUAGGAUAUGUAGUUUAUAUUAUCCUUAGCGAACUUGUAAGAGAAGAAAAUUCAGAAGAUUCAGAUCAACUUCUUGGAGGUCAACAAGAUGGUUCGCAAGGUCAGCAAGAUGGUACACAAGGUCAGCAAGAUGAUACACAAGGUCAGCAAGAUGGUACACAAGGUCAACAACAACAAGAAAAAGUUACGAUCAGGAAAUGGUUAGAAGAUUCAAAAGAUCAUAAAAUAGUUCUCGUAAUGUUGAUAUCACUAGCAGGAACUGAUGUUGGAGUUCUAGAUAUAUUUAAUUUCCAAUUUUGUGGAUAUAAAUUUGACAUUAAGUUAUCUAAAAAAUUUGAACGAAGGAUUAUUAUUGGAGUAAUUAUUGGUAUUAUUAUUAAAAAUAUGCCCGAACUAGCUGUUAGGGUUUACUUUUUAAGUAAAGCGAUUGAUUUUAGUUAUUUAUCCAUUCUUACUCCUUUAGUAUCUCUUAUAAAAGUCCUAAGUAUUUUUAUAAACUGCACAAAAUUAAUGAAAACUAAGGAUGAUGAUUCUUAA